CAGAAUCCCAUCGUGUUCAAACAAUCGGCAGAAGUUUCGAGGAAUAUACUCACGGAUUGUAUUUCAUUAAUCCGAUUUAUGAAUAUCGCGACUCAAACCGCCCUUCUGAUCCGCGAUAGUUCGUAUUUAGUUGUUCCCGCGUGCGUUGUGCCAUAUCGAAGUUGAAUCCAGAUUUGGCAAACGUUACAAAAACUGCUGACAGGGUGGUUUGGUGAGAGACAGCGGUCAGCAUGUCAUCGUUCUCCGAGUCUGCGCUGGAGAAGAAGCUGUCUGAACUGAGUAACUCGCAGCAGAGCGUUCAGACUCUGUCUCUGUGGAUCAUUCAUCACCGCAAACAUGCGUCCUUCAUCGUGCGCGUGUGGCACAGAGAACUGAAGAAGGCGAAAAGCAGCAGGAAGUUGACGUUCCUGUAUCUGGCUAAUGACGUGAUUCAGAACAGUAAGAAAAAGGGUCCUGAGUUCGCCAAAGACUUUGAGGGCGUCCUGGUUGAUGCCUGCUCACACGUGGCCAGAGAUGGAGAUGAAGGCUGUAAGAAGCAGAUGGAGAGGUUGCUGAACAUCUGGCAGGAGCGAAACCUCUACCGUGCAGACUUCAUCCAGCAGCUCAAACUGGCUAUCGAGGACUCGGACAGUCCCAAACAGAAGCCCGCAGUAGAUAAUAGAAAACAUUUGAAGAGAAGCUACCAGAAGGUCCAGGAGGAAGAGGAGGAGGAUGAUGAUGAUUACAGAGGUCACUAUUCUCCCCAGAAGACGGACGCAGCUGCUCCACAACUGACGGAGGAGCUGGUGAAAGCGCUGCAGGAUCUAGAGAAUGCUGCGUCCGGUGACGCUGCCGUGAGACAGAAGAUCGCAUCCCUUCCACAGGAAGUGCAGGACGUUUCUCUUCUAGAGAAGAUCACAGAUAAACAGGCGGCAGACAAGCUGUCGAAGACGGUGGACGAGGCCUGUCUGCUGCUGGCCGAGUAUAACGGGCGGCUGGCCGCUGAGUUAGAGGACCGGAGACAGCUGGCCCGCAUGCUGACCGAAUACAUCCAGAGCCAGAGAGAUGCGCUCAACGAGAGGGAGAGGAAGCUGGAGGAGUACAAGCAGAAACUGGCUCGCGUCACACAAGUGAGGAAGGAGCUCAAGUCUCACAUCCAGAGUCUUCCAGAUCUUUCUCUUCUCCCGAGCGUCACCGGCGGUCUCGCUCCUCUCCCGUCUGCUGGAGAUCUGUUCUCCACUGACUGAACAUCUCUGAGACUCACAGACACUGACAGGAACAUCAGUGAUGAAGAUCUGCUGUCACCAGCUCAGCUUUCACACCUUUGUUUUUCAUUAGUUCUCAUGUCAGCUAAACCUCACCGAGAUCAAACCACGAGUCGAUCCGUCAGUAAUCCAGACUCAGUGUGGAGAUUAUGUUUUGAUGUGGAAAGCAACUCCCUUUGCUUUGUCUUAUAUCUGUAGAUUUUUAGUUUUAUUGCUCAGAGUUUAAUUUUGCUUCAUUUUGGUUUUUGGAGGAAACUAAACAUGAGGAUUCAGUUUUAAACACCUCACUGCUAAUGAGUUCAUGAUAUCAAGAGAAAUUAAUUAGAAACUCGUGCCCAUCAUCAGACUGUGAUAUAUUUUGGUUACAAACCUGACCUGUUUUUCUUCAAAUGAUUAUUUUGUUGAUAAAUUCAACAGAUGUGCUGAUAUUUGUGAGACGAAUACAGUGUGAUCACAUUCUCUUCUGUGGUCACUGUAUGAUUACAGCGUCUCUCAUUAAAUAUGACCGAACACAUUCAGUAACAAAAUGUUUUUUUUUUGUUUUUUUUUUUUUUUUUAAUAUAAGUAAAUUUUUGGUAUUUGGUUUGAAUGGAUUGCUGUAUUAUCAGAGGGACAUGUAAAUGAGAUUGUGUGAAGCAUCUGUGAAAUAUAAAGUGGCCAAACUCUUUCCAA